AUAGUGGCGGACUGUAGUAAAGCGGCUGCUGCAGCGAGGACAGCCGGCCCGGGACUCUGUGAAGCCAUAUAUGAUCCUCCUGACACACCUUGGAUUGAUAAUUUGACCAUAAAUAUGAAGGAGUAAUUCCCACAACAAAAAGCGCCGUGAUAAAGGAUGUGUGAAAGUGUUAUGAAAUGUUGCGUGGGGAGGACUGACAGCCUGUGGUGGUAGCUUUGCACGCGGUCACGGUUUGCUCUGCACCUUGUGUUUAACAAAGGAGUAGCCUCACAGGUGCUUUCCUACUAUUUAAGGCAGCAUUUCACACUGUCAUACCAAAACGACACUGGUUCCAGUUCCUCGGAAAAGAAUGUCUAUGUGGCUGAACGAUGGAGAAGUGCUGGUGGGACAGGGCAGCGGCGAGGCGGUCCCCAUAAGCCCCAGACUACGGAGCCUACCCUCUAGCAGCCCCAGGCCGGGUCAAAGACGUAGUCCUCUGGCUUCGCCGCGGGCCAGAGAGCCGCCAAGUCCACAAGCAGAGACCCUGGGCAAGGCCAAAGAGCUGUUUGUCCUGUGUGACAAAGAGGGGAAAGGGUUCAUCACCAAACGAGACAUGCAGAGGUUGGAGGGCGAACUGCCACUCUCGCCGGAACAGCUGGAGACUGUGUUUGAAAGUCUGGACCGCGAGAACAACGGAUUCCUCACUCCUGUUGAGUUCAAAACCGGACUCGGUGAACUGAUGGGUCUGGAUGAAACGACUGAGCUCAGCCCAGACGGAGCGAAGGCAGAGAGGGAAGAAGUGGACUGGUCCCAGGACCCCACCGCAGCCAGAUUUGUCAACAUACUAAUGGAGCUCGGCGCUGACAAGAUUUUCAAAGACCACCAGGAGCUUUUCUCCCUGUGGUGUGAGCUCCAGAGAGACAGCCCAGAGCUGCUCAAUGCCCUGGAGGCUCUCUUGGUCCACGCCGUGUCCCACCUGCAGGACGCCAUCAGAGAGAGAGACGCCCUGGAACAAGCUCUUUGCAGAAGGGAGAGCGAACAUGACAAGAUGGUCCGAUCCAUAUAUGAAGAGAUGGAAAGCCAGAUCAGGGAGGAAAAAGAGAAAUGGGUUGCUCAGGACAGCAUUAAGGAAAAGCAGAGAGGGCAACGGCUUGAGGAGGAGCUGAGGAUGCGGGAGCAGGAGUUGGAGAACACGAUGAACAAACAGAAAGAGCUCGAGACCAGAAUCCGAACGCUGAGUUGGGAGCAAACCAACAUCAGGGAGCAGAACCGGCAGCUGCGGAGCCUCAACAGCCAGCUGCAGGAGCAGGUGGAGAGCAGCAGAGAGCGGCUGCAGUCUGCCCUGCGUCAGCUCAGCCUGCUGCAGGCCAACGACACCCAGGAGCAGGUGGCUCGACAGAGAAACAUAACGAGGGUAUCAAGAAACAUCAAAAAGGAAAAGGAAAGUCUCUUGAGACAACUUGAGAUAUUAAGGGAUAUGAACAGAAGGCUGCGAGAUGAGAAAGAUGCCCAGCAUACACUUAAGAUGAAUCCAAACAUCACCAAGUCUCUGCAGAAGAGAGGGUCAGUUUUAAGCAACUACUUACUGCAAGACAAGCCAGGGAGAAGACUGCUGAGCAAUUCUGAUGAGUUGGAGCUGACCGAUACGAAAGAGGUCACAGAUUCAUCCGAGACACGCCUAACGUCGUGUACAGUCAUGGGUGAAAAUGUUGAACAGAUGCAAACUCAGAGCAGACUUGUCAGUCCACAGCGAGUGUUCAAGGUGGUAUUUCUGGGUAACUCUGGGGUGGGUAAGACCUCCUUCAUCCAGCACUACUGCACAGGACACUACUACAAUAAAAUGAGCUCUACUGUGGGUAUAGAUUUCCAGAUGAAGACGUUAAUUCUGAACUCCACCACCAUCACUUUGCAGCUGUGGGACACUGCGGGCCAGGAGAGGUAUCGCAGCAUCACAGAACAAUAUUACCGGAAGGCAGACGGCAUCCUUGCCAUGUACGACGUAACUCACGCCGCCUCCUUCAGUGCAGUGAGAGGAUGGAUGGAUUCUGUGAAGGACAAGAUGUGUGAAGGGACUGUGCUGAUGGUGCUCGGAAACAAGGUGGACUUAGCAGACGACAGCAGCAGAGAAGUGACGAGAGCCGAGGGCGAGAGGCUGGCAGAGCAUUACCAGGCUUGGUUUCACGAGUGCAGUGCUAAGACGGGAUACAACAUGGACGAGCUGAUGGUUCACCUGGCUGAGAUGCUGGUGACCAAGGAUGAUCGGCAAUGCGAGGAUGUCUUUUUACUGACAGAGGACACUGCUCAGAGAAGUUGCUGCGCCCCCCGCAGUAAAAAGUGGAGUUGAUGCUUUCGGAAAACUCUGUUACUGAAAUAAAACGACCAAGAUUUGUAGUUCAGUGUUCAAGGACCGUCCAAAGUCACUUUGUUAUGCAAGGAAUUGCAGCAAGUUCUAUGAUUUUUUUUCCCCUGCUUUGUAUU